ACUAUAACGCAACACUACGUAAUGUAAAAUAACUGGACGGAUUUAUAAGAAAAGGGAGGUAAAAGGACAUAUGAUGGAAGUAUUUUAGAUACUAGGUAAAAGAAAUUAUUAAGAAAUUGUAAAAAUGGUAAAACCCUUUUCGAGAGAAGUCAAAAAAGGAUAUAUAUAUAUAUAUAUGCAUUAAUUUCAUUACACCCCAUUGGUGGGAUGCUGUGUUGUCUCAUGGUGAAAAUUUUGACUCAUUAUGAUGUGAUAAACAUCGUUGAUGAGGUACCAUCAAAUGCUCCGGCAUCCGAGAUUGGACUGUUGCACCCAACCCUUCAAACAGGCGCUUGGAGAAGGUACCGGAACGACCCACGUGACUCGUUUUUCUCUCGGUCGCCACACGUGUCCGCGCGCGUGUCAGCUACAGAGGUCAUCCUCCACCCCGCCAACUCCUCUAUCUAUCUCGUGCUGUUACUCUGGCUGGCCUUCUUAUACGCCUCACGGAAGCAAGGAGGGCGAAAUAGGAAAUGGCUCCGAAGCGCACCUCGAGGGUUCUGAAGACGACUAAGACGGUGGUCGAGGAGACCGUCGAGGUCGUCUCCAUCGGUGGAGACAACCAGAAUGGCGUCGAGGUCCUGCCUGGGGACUCCAAGCUCGUGGAGGUCGUGGUCGAGGCCAAGGAUGCUCAGGGUCCCAAGGAGGACCUAGGCGAAGGAAAGGAAGCGGAGCCCGAAGGAAGGCAGCAAGCAGAGGAGGAAGAGCCCAGCAGAGAGAAGGAAGCGGAACCACCUUUCGAGAAGAGCAUAAUACAACAGGAAGAGACGGCAGGCGAGGGAACGGAAGCAGAGUCCAUCACUGACAAGGAAACGCAGGAAGAGGCGGCGGCGGUCGACAAGGUCAAGGACAAGGAAGUGGUGCCUCGAACUCCCAAGAAGGUGGAGCAGACCCCGCAAACAGACAUGGAGGAACCAAAGGAUGGGGGAGAAGGAAUGGAAGCGGAGAAGGGGAGGAAGAAGCAAGGGCGAGCGGGACGGAGGAGGAGGAGGAGGAAGAAGCGGUUCAGCGGCGGGGAUGGCGGGGAAAUGGACGGCACGGGACGUGGGUACAAGAGGUACGUUUUCCGGGUGCUGAAGCAGGUGCACCCGGGGAUGGGGAUAUCGUCGCGGGCGAUGGCGGUGCUCGAUUGCAUGAUGGGCGACAUGUUCGAGAGGCUGGCGGGCGAGGCGUCGAGGCUGUCGACGUACACGGGGAAGGCGACGCUGUCGUCGAGGGAGAUCCAGGGGGCGGUGCGGCUGGUGCUGCCGGGGGAGCUCGGCAAGCGCGCGAUCUCCGAGGGCACCAAGGCGGUGUCCAACUACAUGGCGGCGGACCGCCACGAGUAGCAGUAGCGUGGGUGGUGUACUGAGGGGUAGGGCGAUUUUGGGAUCGCAUGGGCAGCAGCACUCUCUCGUGUUUUGUUGUGUGCUCUUCUAACGCCGACUA